AAGUCGUGCAGGGUUUAUCUUCACAGUAGCAGCAGCUUAUUCAUCUGGCAGAGGUGGUGUCUUCUGCAGGGUAGCAGGGGUGGGCCUGACCUCUGUAGUUACAUCCCUGGUGAAGUUUUGGUGGCAUAUACAUUCACAGGACCCAUUACAGUGUCUUGGCUCCACUAAAGGUCAUUUCAUAUCAUAAAGAUACAAAAACAACCAGGGCGUUACUGCCUGUAUUAAUACAGGCAUUUCUGAAGGUGAAAGAAAAAUAAUAUUUGGCAACAGGGAGUGUUAAUUGUUUGUACUAAAAUAAAAGUUUGUAAGGACUUGGGUUUGCAAAUUGUAGUACAACUGUUACCAUACUUGACAAAUCAUCUGGCCUUUUAAUUUCCUUCUUUUCACAAAUUUAAUGUACUUUCUUUUUCUCUCUCCUUGAAACUGAGUUUUAGCAAUGUCUGUUAACCAGAAGCUGACAGGCCAGGAGAACAGGACGUUGCUUGGAAGUCACAUGGUUUGGGUGGAACACUGGAAAUGUGGGGAAGUGGUGAAGUUAAAAUGUUGAACCCAUGAAGGUGAUGUGCAGGAGAGCACAUCAUUUGAUUUGCAUAGGUAGAGACUGUCUGACUCUUUCCUGUUGUGGAUGAUCUUGGCAGACACUCUACUCAGCCAUGUCGUACGGACCGGGUUUUGGGGAUCCUAAUCAACUAGCCCAACGGAUAACUUCUAACAUCCAGAAGAUCACGCAGUGCUCUGCUGAAAUACAAAGAAUACUACAUCAGCUUGGAACACCACAAGACACUCCUGAGUUGAGGCAACAGCUGCAACAGAAGCAGCAAUACACCAACCAACUUGCCAAAGAAACUGACAAAUACAUUAAAGAGUUUGGGUCUUUGCCUGCAACGAGUGAACAGCGUCAAAGAAAAAUACAGAAAGACCGUCUUGUGGGGGAGUUCACCACAGCACUAACAAAUUUCCAAAGACUUCAACGGCAAGCUGCGGAGAAAGAGAAAGACUUUGUAGCCAGAGUAAGAGCCAGCUCAAGGGUGUCUGGUGGUGCUCCAGAAGAUAGCUACAAAGAAGGAACACUUGUGUCUUGGGACAGUCAACCACAAGCACAAGUGCAAGAUGAAGAAAUUACAGAGGAUGAUCUCCGUCUUAUCGAGGAGAGGGAAUCUUCCAUUAGGCAGCUUGAAGCUGAUAUUAUGGACAUCAAUGAAAUUUUUAAAGAUCUAGGAAUGAUGAUUCAUGAGCAAGGUGAUGUGAUAGACAGCAUAGAAGCCAACGUGGAAAAUGCAGAUGUACAUGUGCAGCAAGCAAACCAGCAGCUGGCAAGAGCAGCAAACUACCAGCAAAGAUCCCGAAAGAAGAUGUGCAUACUCAUUGUUAUACUUGCUGUUGGAUUAUUGCUUCUUGGACUCAUCAUAUGGUUACUUUCAAAAUAAGUCUCUGGAGAAAGCUUUGUAAUUGGUAUUUAAAUUAGGAAAGGAAAUUCCUACUCAUGGUUUGCUCAUUGUGAAGCUGAGUAAAAUAGUAGUUCUGUACUUCAUCACACUUACUUUUUUUUUGUAAGACAUUUUAUUUUAACCUGAGAAAUAAUGUUCUCAGUAUAACUACCUGCCCUCUUGGAUAUGGGUGCUGUCUUACGAGAAAAAAACAGUCAAGGUCAUAAACUGUUCCUUUAACUUAAACAUAAAAACCUCUCAAGGUUUAGGGGCUAAUCAAAGUCAGGAUAAUUUGUUUUGACAGAGUGGGUAAUUAUCUUUUGGGAUUUUGCUAAAUGUUGCUGCCAAAACAAACUCCUGGACUGUUGCUUGAGGCAACACAUUCACAUCUCUGAAUUUAUUUUUAAGUUAGAAAUGUAUUUCUUCUCUGUUUCCCUUCCAUCCAACUCACCUGCCCAUUUGAUAUGGGUGGUUCAAAAAUAAAACUUAGGUUGCUGAAGUUGGUGUGAUCUCUCUUUUAUACCUGAAGCCUGUGAAUUAAACCUUCAGUUUUCUUGAAAUAUUUUAGAUGCUCUUGUUUCUCUGUAUCUGGCAUUGAAUAUGGUUAUGUCUGAAAGCCUCCUGCAAAGGUAGGUAGGGUGGAUGGUGUAAUCAUGUCAAUUUUUUGUUUCAGUUCUUGCAUUAAGAAAUACUGUGUUUAUGUGCACACAUCUGGUAUCUUUGCAUCUGAAGUGUGCAUCAAUGACUUUGGCUAAAUGAAAAUAAGGUCUAGUCUGUGAAUUCUUAGAGUUACUGGGAAAAAUAGAAAUUCCCAACUUCCUAGCUACACUUGAAUGUCACUGUUCUGAAACUGCUGUGAUUUAGUUUCCAUGAACAGGUCCAACCUUGUAUGUAAGGUCUUUCAUACAGCUGAAGAAAAGAAGAUUACAGGUUCAAUUCCAAGUUCAACACUGGAAUUUGAAAUUAAGUUAAAAUCGGUUGAACUGAUUGAAACUAUUUAAGGCAUUUGAUGCUUAUGGCCUUUAAAAUGACCUUCUUCCUUUUGUGCCAUUUUGUACUAAUAUAUUAAAAAUAUAACAACACUUUUUUGCCAAUUAAUCUAUUUGUCUUUUUAAUUGAUCUUGGUGAACUAAUUUGAAAGUGUAUAGAAGAAAAAGUAACUUCAUCUGUAUUUUAUAAAGUUCUUAUACACCAGACUGAUAGAGAAUGCACUGUUUACAUGAUGAGCUAUGAAAUAUUAUUUGGGAACAAUCUAACUGUAAGCAUAAAUGGACUUUAAAAUUGUAACUGUGCAACCAAAAUAAAGGUCUUUUAAAGAGUA